AGGAGGCGUUUUGGGGAGGUGUGAGGCCCCCCCGCGGGGGGCUGCUGUGGCGGCGGGUGCCAGGGGCUGCACCCCGGGGUCCCGAAAUCUUCCCUGAGCCCCUUUUCCCAGGACAGCUGAGGGGCUGGAGCCGGCCCGGGAUGCGGCGGGGGGGUCCCUCCUUGCAGGGGUGCAGCCCUGAAACUUGGGCCGCUCCGGAGGAUGAGGGGGCUGGAGGAACCUCGCCUCCCUGGCUGGGACCCGGCUGUGGGGGACAUGGGGGGGACCCCACCUCGGUGCUGGAGCAGCGCGGUUGGUGAAAUGACGUUUCUGGGAGACAAGGGGCUUCACUGGAGGGAUGGUGUUCGGGGCUGUUGCAGUCCCGGGGAGCCCCGCUGAAGUUCUUCUGCCUCUUCUGCGUCCCUCUUCUGUGGAGGGAUGCCUGCCUCCCUCCCUCCCUCUGUGUUUGGGAUCGUUUCCCUCCCCUCCCUUCUCCCCUUCUGUUUUUGGAAUGUCAGGUUUUGCGAGGGGUGUUUUGGAGGACGUUGCUUUGGGGUUUUAGGGUGAGCCUCUUCUGAGCGCUUUUACUCCUCUGUAACACACCUGUGCCGGUGGCUCCAGGGUCAAGGUUGCUGCGGGCGCCACUUUUCGGGUGAAGCUGUUGGCUCCAAGCAGAGUUUUCCCAAUCAGCCUGUAAAUGCUGGAGCCUCCUCUUUGGUUGUGCAACGGGGAUGCUCAGAUGCGGGGUUCGCCCCCUGUUUUUGUGUUGCCCAGCCGGUGUCCCCCCAGUACUCCCCUCUGCCCCCCCCCCCCCCCCUUACCGAUUCUGCAACAGCUCUGGAGAGUUUCCCCGGGCAGGAGGGGCUGCGCCGUUCUCCCCCCUGCGCGGGCAGGCACCAGGACGGGCAGCGUGUGGCUCUGGCAGCUCCACGGAGCCUGCAGGGAGGAGCAGAGAGGGGGUACGAGUUCCCUAAAGCGUCCCGGGUGCUGUCUGGCUCCGUUCCUGUUGAACCCCUCCUGACGAGAAGCUGCAGUGCCAACGACCGACUCGUUUUGCUGGUAGAAAGCAAGAAUGCAUUUGUCAUCAGUCCCAAACAGGGACUUUGUGCCGAUGCCCUGCCCUGGCACCCAGUGCCCCUGCAGGGAUUGCCGAAGGGGACCCAGAGACCCUGGGACGCGGGAAGAGGCAGUGGUGGCUCUGGGGAAGCUCUUGGGCAGAAGCUGCUGCUGGCAGCCUGGCUGUAAACUUGUCUCUGCUCGUGGUUGCUCAGCUCCUGGGUACGUGGGGCCUGCGCUGCGAGAACAGGGGGACUUCCUCGGGCACCAGCGCUUUGGACAGGCAGCGUCCCUGCGCUGUGCUUUGUGCCCAGCGAGGCCGGUGUCCAUGGGGCGAGGGCGGUGUUGUCCAGGAGAAGCUCGCAGAUACCUUCUCACCACGUAUCGGGGUCCCGGUUUGGACAAAAUAGGGAGCGUCUGCAUCUGCCAGGUCGCACCCCGUGCCCCUCGGCUCAGGCGGAGGCUGUGCCUGGGGUGGGGAAGGGUGAGCUGUGUCCUGCGGCAGAGCUGGCAGGGACGGGAUAAUGAUUUUUGGCCUCAUCUUGGCUUGUGCUUCCAAGGACUCAAGGAAACCUGAGCGGCCUCAAAGAGCCGACGUGACAGACGGGGCUCGGGAGCCCUUGUGAAGGUGUCAGUGUUCCGAGGAGCUGGGGAGCCAGCGAGCUGCAGGGCUCCGGAGCGUUGGUUCUGUUUGCGCAGCAGCGGCUUGUGCUCCCGAGGGGAAUUACGGGAACGGCGGGGGCCGAUGUGGUCUCUGCGCCUGAGGACGGAGCGGGGUUAUCCGAGGGCAGAGGACCAGGACAGGCGCGAGGAGGGAGCAUCCAGCAGAGGAUUAAUUUUUCUCCGCUCUCAGUGGAUCAGUUCCACUUAAAACGCGUGUGAGCGUCGUUAGGGAAGUUGGGCUGCAAACGAUAGCAUUGAAAGUGCAGCACAGCUUCGCUUCCUAAAGGCCAGGGCAUCUUUCCUGCUGUCUGUAACUGUCUGUCCAUCCAAGUAAGCGCUGAAGAAGGAACUUCUCUUUCCUGCUUUCGCUGCCGGGGCAGUCUCCUGAAACGUCUUUUCAUCUUUUGUAGGCUCAGCGUCGUUGCUCACGGUUAUUAUUUAUCCAUGUUGUGGUGAUGCCCAGAGGGCACAACACGGGUUUAGAUGCUGAACAAAGACACGGUAGAAGACGGCCCUCGGUUUGCUUUGAAUUAAAACUUCGCUGAAGUCGCUGAAUCUCGGGAGCGUGUUUAAGAUGAGGAAUUUUACAUUUUACACUGUGCUGGUUUAUAGUGCUUUUUCCAUCAGCAGGCUUUUAAACGAAUUUAUGUCAAUGAGCAGGCAAGGCUCGUGUCCUGUCGUGUUAGCGUUAGGAGCGGUUCCAGCGGGGAGGAGCUUCUCCAGGCGGUGAAUAUUAGUGACAAAUAACAUCCCCGCUUCGAUGGGAGACAGCGCUUGGCGUCUCACCUGCCCGCUGCUGGACCUCGCUUCGAUCUCUGGUCUGGAUCCUCAGAGGGUUUUCUCUCUCUCUUCCCCUGUUUUAUUUAUAAAAAGGACGGAAAUUGCAGCUGUGCUUGCUCAGUUCUUGGGUUAAGGCACCUGAAGCGCAGGCGUUCUCUAGGAGAUGGUCUCCAGUCAAUACCCUGUGAUGUCACAGGAGGUGAUAUCAAACCCAUCUUUGUGGUUUAGGACCCCGCUGUGAGGCCAGGCUCAUGCAGACGGCUGCAGUGGCCGCAUCAGCUCUGCUGGUGGUACAAGUCCCAGCGUCAGUGCUUAGCAGUGGGGUGUAGGAAGUUUUUCUUCCCAUCCCUAAAGCAGUAACCUAAGAAUAUUCCUGUUGCCUCUCUCCCACCAGCGCUGCACGGUGUUGCUUCGCUCCAGUGUAGCCUUGAUUAUAAAUGUCGCAGGAGAUGAAGGGUCUCGUCUCUCCCCAGCUCAGUGGUGAGGAGCUGUCAGCUGCUGUCCUCCAGCCGCAGCAUUGCACUGAAUCACUUUUUUUUUUUUUUUUUAGCAAUGAUGCUUCAUCUUAUUUAAUAAUAUAUUUCAAAAUAUGGAAACAAUGGCAACUAUUUUAUAAUGGAUAAAACAUGUCACAACCCUUUAAUUUUUGCUUUUGAAAGGCGGCUCCAUUCACUUCUGCCUCUGUUGAACUGCUUGAGCCAGGGUCUUCCCCAGUGACGGCAGACACGCGGCAGAGCUGCUUUCUCGGCAUUGAAAUCGGGGACGCUUGCGGGAUGGGGGGGUUCUCCGUGAAAGCAAGGCUUUCCCCUGCGCUGGGUUUUGAAGUGUUUCCAAUGACACAAACUUUUGGGUUUUUUGAGCAGAUAGUUUCUUCAGCGAGCUUCUGUUUGCAGCAAAGGUGGAAAAAAAGUCCUCAUGUUGGAAAAUAAAUGGCAGCUAAUGGAAACAAUGGUUGGGAAAAAGAAACUGCGGGGACCUUUACAGCGCUUACUAAUUCUUACCCCGACAGGAGGCCUGAAGAUGUUCGCCCCAAGCAUGUCUUCCCCCUGCAUGUGCCGCUUCUCUUCUCGCCACGGGCUCGCUGCUUACGGCGAUGCCGGUCUUGCCAACGCCGAGCCGAGCUGUCCCGCAGCAGCAAAGUACCUUAACGAUGGAUAUAGAAGACUGUAAUGGACGAUCUUACAUAUCUGGAAUCUGCUCUUCCUGGAAGGUGAGUGGCUGCGUGCGCCCUGCCAGCGACGCAGACAUGCACACGCAGCCUGGGCUCCAGCGCUGUUUCCAAGGAGUUGGCUGUGAUAACACUCCAGGGUAUCUCCAGCAAGGUAGUGGGGAUUCCUCUCUGGAGAAGGAGUUCAGCUCGGCGAUCGUGGGACCCACGGUGAGCACACCCAACAGCCAGCACUCCUCCCCAAGCCGCUCUCUCAGUGCAAAUUCUAUCAAGGUGGAGAUGUACAGCGAUGAGGAAGCCAGCCGGCUGCUGUCACAGGAUGAUCGGAUGCUUGAGAAGGAGGACAGUGUGAUCGUGGAGGACUCGCUUUCGGAGCCCCUGGGCUACUGUGACGGGACGGGCCAGGAGCCGCACUCCCCCGGGGGCAUUCGACUGCCCAACGGCAAGCUGAAAUGCGACAUCUGCGGGAUGGUGUGCAUUGGCCCCAACGUGCUGAUGGUGCACAAGCGCAGCCACACUGGAGAAAGACCAUUCCACUGCAACCAGUGUGGAGCCUCCUUCACCCAGAAGGGAAACCUCCUGCGUCACAUCAAACUGCACUCUGGCGAGAAGCCCUUCAAAUGUCCCUUCUGCAACUACGCCUGCCGCAGGAGGGAUGCGCUCACGGGCCACCUGCGAACACACUCCGUCUCCUCCCCCACCGUCGGCAAGCCCUACAAGUGCAACUACUGCGGCCGGAGCUACAAGCAGCAGAGCACGCUGGAGGAGCACAAGGAGCGGUGCCACAACUACCUGCAGAGUCUGAACACUGAACCGCAGUCGCUGGCCAGCCAGCAAGGUGACGAGAUGCGAGACCUGGAGAUAGUGCCGGACUCUCUGCUUCACCCCUCGUCCGAUCGGCCGACGUUUAUUGACCGGCUGGCGAACAGCCUCACCAAACGGAAACGAUCGACACCUCAGAAAUUCGUGGGGGAGAAGCAGAUGCGAUUCACCCUCUCGGACCUCCCCUUCGACGUGAACUCCGGCUUCGAGAAGGACGUGGAGAUGGUCUCAGCCCACCACCCCCUCGACCCCUCCUACGGCAGCUCCCUGUCCCUGAUGGGGGGGGAGCAUCUUCGCCCCCUCCGGCUCCCCCCCACAAACUGCAUCUCGGAAGUCACCCCCGUCAUCAGCUCCGUCUACACCCAGAUCCAGCCUCUGCCGGGCCGGCUGGAGAUGCCGGGGAGCCGGGAAGCCACCGAGGGCCACGAGGACGUGCCGGACGGGGUGCAGGUGGUGUACCGGGGCCGGGAGCAGGGCGUAUCGCCCACCAACGGCUGCCAGGACUCGACGGACACGGAGAGCAACCACGAAGAGCGGAGCUCGCAGCUGCCGGCGGGGAACUGCGCCAGCAGCCGCCAGAGCCCAGCCUACGCCAAAGAGGACCCCAAGUUGCCGGAGGGACCCCCGGCUGCCCGCUCCACGCCCAGCUCCGCCAAAGAAGCCCUGCGGGUGGUCAACGAGGACGGGGAGCAGAUCAGGGCCUUCAAGUGCGAGCACUGCCGCAUCCUUUUCCUGGACCACGUCAUGUUCACCAUCCACAUGGGCUGCCACGGCUUCAGAGACCCUUUCGAAUGCAACAUCUGUGGCUACCACAGCCAGGACCGGUACGAGUUCUCCUCCCACAUAGUGCGGGGCGAGCAUAAAGUCGGCUAAACCCACUCCCCAACUUCUCUCCCCAUCCCCCCCAGCCCGCCCUCAACUCUUCCUCUGUCUCUAGCUCAGCCCCUCCACCCUUAGGGCAUGGAACUGUUGGUUUUUCUUUUAUACUCCUUUGCACUGACUUUGGCUACAAAAAAUAUUUAAAAAAAAAAAUAUCAAUAACUAAAAAAAAAAAACCAACCCCGACAAGGGGGAGCUCUUAACAAUUUGCCUUUUUAUAAAUGGAGUUAUUUAAAUAUUAAUGGACUUUUUUGUGCUUUUCCCCCCCACCUCUCUCACCUCCCUCUGUUAUUUAUUAAGCUUUUUAGUUUCUCUUUUUAUAACUCUUCUCCCCCCACCCCCAAAGUCUCACUUGAAUUUUUGAGACUGUUCUCCCGCCUCUCCCGCCCCAGUCCCGGUCGGCUCUCCGGCACGGCGCGGGGCCACGCGCCAGCCUGGAGCUCCGAGCCCUUUCCUUGGUGCGAGCCCGGCAUUGCCCGUCCCUGCUCUCGGGCGAAGCGAACCUCAGAUUAGGUGCUAAAAACCCCCGGGACUCCCCCCUCCGUCGGCCCCGAGCCCCCCCGCAUCUAGCGGGGGGCUGCUGCACCCUGAGCUUUAAUGAGUUUAAAUACAUGGAGCAUAAAGCAGGGACCCCCUCUGCCUCCCCGCGGGGCCGGUUAUGCCGGCGGCGGUGCCGGCAGGGCCAGAUCGGUGAAGCUGGGUUUUGCCCGGCUCCUCUCUCCCACGGUGUUUGAAGCCCCCCGUACGCCUGGCCCCGCGCAGGGGGCGAUGGGGGUCCGCAGCCCUCCGCUUCAAUGAAGGAAACGUAAGCCAGGAAGAUGGCGAGCGUCCAGGUGACGGCUCCAUUCUGCUAUCUGGGAUCUUCUCCUCCUCCUCCUCCUCUUCCUCGGCGCAGGCCAGUAUCUCCAGCCCGCUCUGCUGCAGGGUUUGAUCCCCUACGCUGCCCGCCGGCGGUGGGGAUGCCGGAUCCGGACCCCCCCCCCCCUCGCUUCCUCUGCCCCCAAAAGCCUUCUCGGGCGAGUUGCUCCUUCUGGCAUUCCCCGGGGAUCGUUGGGGUCUCCCUGUGGUCCGGUGUCACCUCUGUUCCCGCAGCACCUGCCCUGCUCUCGCUCGCACGGAGGAGUCGGGGCGGCGGCACCCUGAACGCCGGAGCUUUUCCCUCGGUCCCGCCGGCAGCGGGACCCCCGGGACCCCCCCCCCGUGUUCGGAGGGUCUGAAAGAGGGUGGGAGGUUGGGGGUGUCGUCUGCUGCAUCGAGCAACUGUCUUCUAAGCCCCUUUCCCCUGGGACAGGCUCCGAGCGGCCCCGGGGACAAAUUCCCGGGAGCCGGACGGUUUUCGGGGGCGAAAUGCCGAAGGAAGGGGCUCCCGGUCCCGCAGGGGGUCCGGAGCCGGGGACCCCCCGGGACGGGGUCCCCUGGCAAAAGGGAUUUAGCGGAGUCGGGGAAGCAGCCGAUAACCAAAAAUAAAGCGUGAGCCCGGCACCGAUCCCUGGCGGGGGCCGCGGCAGAACCGGCCGCCGCCUCCUUGGUGCUCAUGGCUCCCACAGCAGCCGGGACCCCCGGCCGCAGGCCCCCCGCCCGGGGGGGGCCCCUGCUUCCUACCCAGGCCCAGGAUGCAUAAAACGCCCCUCAGCAGCAGCCGCUCCCCGGGGCUCUCCUGAGGUUGAAACCAAAGGCUGUUCCUUUUUCUACGGACACAAACACAACCACCUCACGCGGCGGCAACUCCCGUUGCCCCUAUUUCCCAUUUUCUUUUCUUAUUUUAUAUAUAUUUUUUUUUCCUCCUUUCUUGCUUUUCUGUUGAUGGUGUCAAUGGGGAGAGGGGAUGGCUGAGCCGGGGCUUGGCUCGCCCCUUCCCAGCCCCUGCUGCCGAUAACCGGCACCGGCAGAACAAGUCGGAGCCCCCCCGCGCCCUGUCAGCGCUGAAACAAACCCAAAAAGGGGUUUUCACAAACCGAAAUGGAAGCUCUGCAGUUUCUGACCGCUCUUGGGUUUUUUUUUUUCUUUCCAUCUCUUUUCUUUUUCCUGUAAAAGAGUCUAAAACAGAAAUGUAGGAAUUUUGUAAAACUCCAGGUCGCUUUACUCGUGUAAAUAUCUAUAUUUUUUAAUCAGAUGUAUGAAGAACAAACGAUGAUGUGCAAUACCCCGGCCCCCCGCCCACCCACCCCACCCCCCCCCCUCCGCCGGCUACGGCCCCUCCUUCCUUUCUAACGAGUUUUCAUUUGUAUAUCGUUAAUGGUUUUGCUGUCGUCUUUGUUUUUCCCUUUUUUGUGAGGUUAGACUCGCUUUUGGACAAAAAACACCCCCUGCCCCCCCCCCCGCCCCGUGACCGCAGGAGCUUUUGUAUCUGUAAGAUAUUGUAAUUACCUAUUUGUGUAACGAGAUCUACUACUGUAAGUUUUGUACUGUACUGGCUGAAGGUCUGUUAUAAAUAAACCGGAGUAAUUUAACGCCUC